AUGGCGAGAAUCGUUUCUCGUUUUGCUCCGUGGUUUUCGCGGCCACGUUUCUUUUCGGCCGUAGCUUUUCAUGCACCACCAAAUAGCGUCUAUAGUAGAGUCCGAAACUUUAUUAUCAACAACCCGUCACUCCGCGAUACAAGUAUGCUUAUUCUAGACAUCGAUUGAUUCCCAGGCGCAACACCUUUAUCUCAAGAACCAUCUAAAAAGUUGAGUAAAAUACAGCAAGAACUUUUGGAAGAUCUAGAAGCUUCUGAUGUAAGCAUACUGCGUUUUUAUUUAGCCCUAGGUAAGUUAUCGAGAUGUAAAAACUCGUGAGGCCGGGCCCUCGUCGAAGGAGCGCCCGAAUCUGAUUCCCUUCGAUGAAGAGCGCCGCAUACUGGGUUGCAUCUGUAAGAAAAGAUGUAGUUUAUCUUAUAUCUGUUUGCAUGACCUCAUUUCUUCUGGUAUUACGAGUUAAUUUGCAUCUCGUGACAGCGUUUUUCACUUCCACCCCUUCGAAUCGGCUGUUUGUGUUGGGUCUUCUUUCUUGUUUUCAUAAGUAAUUCGUUUCUUAGUUAUUAGUCAGUUGAGAUCAUAGAGCUACACGUCUCACUGACAUAUACGUAUUCCAUCAAACUUGCUGACAUCGGGUGCGUAAACUUUCUCUUCGAGACUUAGUUAACAUAACUUUGACCGAUAUACUUCUUCAAUAGUAUUCCACAAACAGAAAAUUAGCCUGCCUCCGGUCGAAAACAUCUGAAUGCAGUGUUAAAUUAUAUUUAGAGGAAAUAUUAAUGAUUCUCUAGGCAAGCGGCGUUUUCCAGGGAGCGAUCCUUUCAGAAUGUCCUUUGAGCAAAUUUUGUUUUCUGAGGUCUUGUUUUGUGUCCGGGUACAUUCAGUGUCCAAUUGCGACACCGACAGGGAGAGUGGCGCAUGAAUAUCAGGUAGGUCGUAAUAUCGGAAAUUUAUCAUCUGAAGCCAAGUACAGCCUUCGCUGCCUCAAGAACCUCGCAGCUGCUGUAGACAUCCGUCUGCUUGCAUCAAACCCUUCCUGCCAGCUGAGGCCGACGAUGGGCGCCAUGAACUGUUUUCCGACGAAAACGAUUGGUUGUCUAGAAAGUGUUGGUUCAAUAGUACCCCCAAAGGUACGAGGCCACAAGCUUGUCUAGUUGAGAUGCAAAAAGGCCUGCCGGGUCUGGAUAAUAGAUCAUUUCCUAUGGGUCUUUCACCUCGAUCAACCGUAACUGCGGCUGCAACCCAGUAUUCACAGAACUUUGAUACGGUAGUGUAUUUGGAAAGUCAAGGCACUUGGCAAGAGCUUUUCUUCAUUCGAAGUUCAUGAGUACUGUUUAAAGAUAAUUGGUGAUCUAAUACACUGCGUCCUUCCUCAAGUUUCAAGAAACAAGACCGUGUCAACAAGCCAAACUGAUGUUGCCGUCACGUCGCUCUUUUGAAAUGACAGUAGACCGCUACCACAUCGUCCACAUCCUUAACACUUCUCCAAGUCUUCGCAGGACACGACGCUGUCUUAGCAUUAUCACCAUCUUAACAUAAAUUUGUGAUGCAGUGUCGUGGGUGAAUGAGGUCGCCAAAUCCGAUCUGGUAGUGCCAGAAGAAGGCCCCUCUCGAGAUUAACCGUUGUUAACUGGGAGAAGUUGGCACUUUCAAAUACCCCGGAACGAUAUUGCCAAAUGGGCAGAGUGGGGGCCAAUUCAUCUUAAAUGAUGCCGUUUGCAGGGCUUUUGUAAACUAGAGGUUUUAUCACUGUUGUUCGACAACCAUCCUUUGAAUGCCUUCUCUCAAGGGGAACAGUUCGAAUUUAGCUCGAAAACAUUGCAAGGACAUCUCAAGCCACCCAUGGGUGAUGUUUGAGGCAAUUUAGACACAUUCUUCGUCGUCUGCCCCAUGAGUUCAGUCUUGCUGCUCUUGAUCCUAUACCCUGUCCACCUGACGGCGGUGGUGGUGGCAACGGCGGGGAAUACUAGUUCAAGACCCGACAGCAUAGUCAGUCAGGAUGUGGGAGUGACCCUUGGACAUCCGGAAUUCACUCUUCAUCGCUGGAUAAGAUAGUAAGUCGACCACAUCUAUAUUUACUGCAAGUAAAGGCACAUGUGGGAUAUAUUCUCUAUCUGUCUUGGGGUUUGAUGUCCGGAGGCGCAUCCAUGGACGGACUCUAGAUUUGCAUAUGUUCUGAAGUAGCAUUUGUUCUGUUGUGGAGGCAAUACUUGACAAGUGUAGGCUUACCUUUUGUGGUUUGCUCCAUUCUGGUCAGAAAACGCACUCACCUGCCGCGAUGUUUCAACCUGCACAUUUUUUUCGAUUCUUCUCUUUGAUUUCGCGGCAGCUCAAUUCUCAUCGUUUCUGCCUUCGCUUUUUCCAUUUAUGCUACAUAGGAAUACGGUGCGCGGUUUUAAAACAGCUCUUUGUGUACCCGUUCUCCCUCCAGGUCAUGAAGACAAUCAUCACGUCAGUUAUCUACUCCUCUAUAAAGGCAUUCCAACACGUUGCGGGUGUGGACAUUGGUUCAAGCUUGUGGAUUUUAAUGAGUACGAGGCCGCUAGAGAGAGAUACUGGAACAGUGUGAAAAAUGAGCCGGAAAACGCAAAACUCCUGAAGGACUUGGAGGAAGCAGAACAGGAGCUACAGCAUCUGCUUGAGGAGAGUAAAACUAUGACCAAGAAGUCAGCUGGCGCAACGGAAAUGAUGGACAAGUUGUUGACCCAGUGGACCAAGUACAAAACCGCCUAUGGGGAGAUUCGAAGAAUAAUUGAUAUGGCGUGCGUCUCGGACAUCCGAUAG